AUGGUCACAAUCACGGUCACGGUCACGGUCACGUUCACGGCCACGAUCACAGUCACGAUCACGGUCACGAUCAAGGUCACGAUCACGGUCACGAUCACGCGAUCACGGUCACGAUCAAGGUACAUGAUGACGAACCUGCACCCGGAGAAUUGCCUCGGCGUGCGAGCGUUCGCCGAGCGGCAUCAGCAUUACGAGCUGAUCAGAGCUGCCGAUCAAUACACGAUCGAUUUCUUCCCUGACGUCACGAAGAGCGUCGAGUUCACGAAUGUCACAGGCGCACACCUACUCCAGAUCAUCGCAUCAGACGAACUAAACAUCGUGACGGAAUCCGUAGUCUACGAAGCCGUCAUGAAGUGGAUAAACUUCGAUCUCAAAGCGCGGAAGGACUUCCUACCUGUUCUUAUGGCGAAGGUUCGUUUACCGCUGAUCCCUGCUGGUUACCUGGUAAACAACGUCGCCGAGGACGAGUUACUGAAGAGCUGUCUGACAUGCCGAGACUUCGUCGACGAGGCCAAGUACUUCCACAUGUCACUAACGGGUCUCGUCUCCACGCCUCGCCGCUCCGAGCGCACCACUUGCCGGAAGAGCUUUGCCGGCACGAUUUUCGUCGUUGGCGGCCGAGGCGCGUCCGUCGAGCCGCUACGCUCCGUCGAGUGUUACGACCUGCGCCGCGACAAGUGGGUGAAUGUUCCCGACAUCGGCUCCAGGCGGCGCCACGUGGGCAUCGCGGCAGCCAUGGGUAAAAUCUACGCUAUCGGGGGACAUAACGGACGGGAGCACCUGAACAGCGCUGAGGUGCUCGACCCGCGGUCAGGAAAAUGGAUGAAGCUGUCACCGAUGGCGAGUAGGAGAUGGGAGUCUAUCGCCAACAUGAGGACAGGCCGGGCCGGUGCGGGUAUCGCGUCGUGCGACAUCCUCUUCAACGAAGUUGUGACGAGUAGCUUCGCCGAGGAGACCAUGACACGACAGAGAACGCUGCGUCAUCACACAUCCGCCGCGUCACUCACCUGA